CAAACAUUUUUUGAUCAUUUUGUCCUUGUCUUCAUCAUCUUUAUUAUCAUUAUCACAUAGAACAACUAUUGUCAAGCUGUCUCACCAUGUAUUUGGAGAACAAAAGCAACCUGGAGAUAGAGAUGUCUCAGACGUCCGCUCAAGGCCAUCAGGGCAUGAGCAGCCUGAGGUCACCUCAGGCCGUUGCAGCGAACUUCGGGGAGCUCCGUCUGCUGCAGGACAUUUCGGAGAGGAUAGAAACCCAGAAGCUCCAGCAGUCUGCAGUUCUGCCUUCUGGACAGUGCGUCAUCCAUACUGAGGGCUUUGUCCCUGUUCGACAGGAGGACGGGCAUAACUUCAGCGUGGUUAAUAUUCUCAGAGGGAAAUCAAACUCAGCCAACCUGACAGAGAGGUCUCCUCUGCUGAGGUUCUCUCAAGACGACAGUAUGACCUACAUGACCCUCCAUAACCCCAGCUUUGUAGGAGGGGAGGAGCCCUGGGACAACAGCUCCCUGGACCUGGAGAGGAGGUAUCGACUGGGUAGCGAGGUCACUAGCCUGUCCCUGUCCCGCUCCAGCUCCUCAGAGAAGAGCGACCCUCUGGACAACAUAAACUUCAGACUCACCAGUAGUAUAAAAUGCUGUUUCAAAAUCUCCAAAAUUGCCACCAUGUUCACCAUCGUCGUUCUUUGCAGUCUGUUCUUCAGCAUGUAUCCAGACCGAGACAACCCCUGGAGGAUGUUGGCCGUCUCCUCCACAGACAGUUUCUCAAUGAACCUGACAGAUUUCAGGGACAACGCUUUGCUGAAGCUCCAGGUGGGGGGGCCUUUCGCAAGAGGGACGAUCGACCUCACCAGCCAAGAGUACAUCCUGAUCCAGGUGGAGCAGACAGAGCAGCCGGGACAACGGAGGAGGCGAGCUCAGCAGGUGAUUCAUAACUGGACCAUUCCGGUACACAGUGAACGAAGUGACCAGAUGCUGGUGACAAAAACGUUUGAGAUGCUCAGCAGUGACCCCAUCAUCAUCACGAUUCAGGCCUUCCUGCAGGACAAUGAGGUGGUGCCGCUGUCCAUGACCCACCAGUCGCUCUACGUCAAUGUGGAGACACAGGUGGCCAUCGCUGGAAUCAUCCUAACUGGGGUCUAUGUUCUUAUCAUCUUUGAGAUUGUGCACCGCACUUUGGCAGCCAUGUUGGGAUCUUUGGCAGCCUUGGCUGCUCUGGCUAUAAUUGGUGACCGACCCAGUCUGGUUACUGUGGUGGAGUGGAUCGAUUAUGAGACCCUGGCUCUUCUGUUUGGCAUGGUGAGACUUUUAAUCAAAGAGACUGGCUUUAAUGACUUUUGUCCAGUCAAGGCUUACCAGUUAUCAAGAGGAAGAGUUUGGCCUAUGAUUAUCAUCCUCUGUCUCAUUGCCGCCAUUCUCUCUGCUUUUCUGGACAAUGUGACCACUAUGAUGCUUUUCACCCCCGUCACCAUAAGGUUGUGUGAGGUGCUUAAUCUAGACCCCAGACAUGUCCUGAUUGCAGAAGUAAUCUUCACCAACAUUGGAGGGGCUGCCACAGCUGUCGGAGAUCCACCAAAUGUGAUUAUUGUAUCAAAUCAGGACCUGCGCAAAGAAGGGAUCGAUUUUGCCAGUUUCACAGGCUACAUGUUCCUCGGGAUAUGUCUCGUCCUUUUCACCUCAUUUCCUUUCCUGCGGAUGCUCUACUGGAACAAAAAACUUUACAACAAAGAGUCAAUUGAAAUAGUUGAACUCAAGCAUGAGAUCCUGGUUUGGAGGCAGACGGCUCAGCGCAUUAACCCCGCCAGCCGAGAGGAGACAGCUGUGAAAUGCCUCCUGAUGCAAAAAGUCCUUAACCUGGAAAAUCUUCUCCGCAAGAUGAUGAAAACCUUCCAAAGACAAAUUUCUCAGGAGGAUAAGAACUGGGAGCAAAACAUUCAGGAAUUGCAAAAGAAGCACAGAAUAACUGACAAAGUUCUCCUGGUGAAGUGCGUGUCCGUCCUUGGCGUAGUGAUUUUCAUGUUCUUUCUCAACUCCUUUGUUCCGAGCAUUCAUCUGGAGCUUGGUUGGAUUGCGAUCCUGGGCUCACUGUGGCUUUUGGUUCUGGCUGACAUCCAGGAUUUCGAGAUCAUCUUGCACCGGGUGGAGUGGGCCACACUACUCUUCUUUGCUGGCCUCUUUGUUUUAAUGGAGGCUUUAGCCCAGCUGCAGCUUAUCGACUAUAUUGGCGAACAGACAGCGCUGCUUAUAAAAGCAGUGCCAGAAGACCAGCGCUUGGCCAUAGCCAUUAUCCUGGUGAUGUGGGUCUCGGCUCUGGCUUCUUCACUCAUUGACAACAUUCCCUUCACUGCCACCAUGAUUCCAGUGCUCAUCAACUUGAGUCAGGAUGCAGAUGUGAACCUGCCAGUAAAACCUCUCAUCUAUGCUUUGGCAAUGGGAGCCUGUCUUGGGGGAAAUGGCACAUUAAUAGGAGCAUCAGCCAACGUUGUGUGCGCAGGAAUUGCUGAGCAACACGGCUACGGCUUCUCUUUUGUGGAGUUCUUCAGGUUAGGAUUCCCCAUGAUGAUAAUGACGUGUAUGAUUGGCAUGUGCUACCUGCUGGCUACUCACAUCGGACUUGGAUGGAACAUGUAAUCCACACCUGUUGUACAUAACCAAACAGACUGUGAAUGUUCACAGGCGGCCUUAGGCAUCCUGGGGCCUCACCCCCAUAAAACAACAGAGAAAACAAUGCAAGGAUUCUAGUUGGUUCUCAUGGUGUGUUUUCAGAUUUAAAUGCAUUAUGUUCAGAAUCAUGGACAGCUCAACAUAAGCUAGAAAUGAUCAGAACAUUCCCCUUAAAGUAUUUAACCUAAAAAUCACAGAAUCAAAAUAAUUUGGAUGGUUUGUCAUAGGGAGUCUGGUGCUUCUUUCAUUCUCACUCUGCCCCCUGAACGCCUCCUCCUGCACUAUAUGUAACUUUAGUUAGUGGACACGAUCUCCAACGAGAAGCAACAGAAGCUUAAACUGACGGAAUCAGGCCAAGUGUGUUCAAGAGUAAUGUCAAACUAUAGAUCAGUUAUAUAGAGAAGUCAUUGAAAACCAGCGUUCAUCUCUGAGGACAGUUCUACAGUUUUGCAUGUUUGUUAUGAGGAAUAUACAAAGUUUGGCACUAUUUCUGUUCAGGGAGCGGUAGGGGUGGGAAUCUCCAGGCACCUCUGAUUCGAUUCAGAGGGAGCUACGAUUUGAUGAUAAAAUGAUUAUCAAUCCAUCAAAGAAUUUUAUUACUAUACAUGAUUUAAUUUUUUAUCACUGUGCACUAAUAGAAGUACUAAAAGUAUUUUUAGUAAAAGUAUUUUUAGUAAACACUGUUUUUGUUAUUACAAGUGUGCUUACAAAAUAAGCUUUUCAAUUCAAAAAUCAGACGGCAACAGUCUAUAACAGGUCAGAGCUCUCCACAUUGAUUUGACAUUCAUUCAGUUUUGACUUUUGUGCUGCAUCUUUAGCCUGUACUGUAUCUGGGUGGUCCCGCCUGGCAGCACCAGGUGACAAACUGAUAACCACAUGUAUUUAGUUAUUAUUCGUUGAUGUCAGAACAUGAAUCCGGAUCGUUCUGGUCACUUUAACCCUGAUGUCCUUGCUGUGUGCAUUUCGUGUUGUGUAUAGCAGAUGAACAACGCUACAUCUUUCCACCUCUAGUGAGUGGUCAAGCGAUUGACAGGCAUCUGCUCAUGAAAAAGUACCUAACAGCUCAGAUAAAGAGGCAAAGAGAAUUAUUCACCUCAGUUAAAGUAACACAGUGUUGCUUUAGUUGUGGGUUUUUCUAACAGAAAAAAAAUGGAAUGAGGAGAAGCCUCUCUCUUCUCUGGAGCGUCUAUUCUGUAUUGAAUAAUACUAUUACAAAAAAUUAACCAAAAAACUACUCACUCAAAUGAAAUGUACCAGGAAAGCAACAGUGCGGUAAAAUAAGCCCCUCACAGCCGCCUCAGUCCACUGGGCCCUGUCACCACAUGAACGGAACAAUAGAACAAUACAGUGAAUCCUUUCUGUCUGUCACAGUAUCAGGUUGGGUACAGUCUAGUUAUGGCAAGAUCAGUUAACAGUUAAUAAUUGUAUUCAAGUUCUUUCCCCAAUAUAUCAUUGUAUCUAAGUUAUAGUUAGCCAUUAGAUAUUAUUCAUAACCAGAAUAGUUUACUCAUUGCACUAUAUUGGGGUUUCAAAUCACCAACAGGGUAUUUGACUUGUUCAAAAUAAGAUAGAGAACAAUAGGCUACAAAACAGUCACAAAUACAAAACAUUCCAUUUCAUGAAUAAAAAUACAGGCUACAAUAAAAACAUGUUUAUUGGUAUUUUAACAUGAAAUGAAACAGAGAGAUUGAUGAGUAUGAAUCAGACCUCUCUAAUCGUAAAGACAGUAAUUAACAGGAGGAAUACACUACAGAUGAAGGGGGACACCUCAGUAAUGUUGGCAUCAGAAGAGAGAGAAUCCACCGUGCACCUCACAGCUUCAGUGUCAGGUGAGGGGGAACCCAGAGUGUGUCCAUGGUAGUGUCAGAGAACAAUAGCCAGUGUGCCUUCAAUAACUCCAGCAGUUUAAGUAAAUGUACUUAUUUAUUAAAUGUUAUUGUCUGUUUGAAAUGAUAUCCUCACUAUGGCUCUUUGGAGGAUGGGACCUGUGGUGUGUGCUCAUGUGAACACGUGGCCGACACCUCCAUGCGUUUCAAGUUCACUGCUCGCUGUGAUUAGAUGUGUAGCCUGAUUGAGUGUUCAGAUUACAGGCACUAUUUGAAGCAUUGUAGCCAUAUUAUAUUUUUAACUUAAAUGGGUGUCUGAGUAAAGUGCAGACCAUCAGGGACCAGACUUACCGGAGCUUAGACCAAAAAAAGUGUCUUUACUGACAAAAAUGGCUCAAACAAUCCACAAUGCUGAACAUGGUGCUACUGCCUCAGUGGGUACAACUGGUGUAAGUGAUUCCAGUCCAGUCGCCUCUGCUGUCACACUCUUUGUCAUUUUCUAAAUUCAUGUGCCCUGUUUACAACAGCAGCAAAUGAUCUCUGUAGACUAGUAUCACACUGAUUUUCUCUUAGAGACGUAGAACACUGGUCAUGAUUUAUUCACCCUCAGUUCACCAUAUGUAUUAUGUUGAUAUUUUAAAGGAACCACAAGACCCACUGAAAGGGAUUUUAUAUCUGUUUGUGUCAAAUAUUUCUUUGUUGGAUUCAGAAAUCUCAGCGGUCUGUAACUGAGUCUGAAAAACCAAAAUCAAUGACAUUUGACAGAUAAUUUAAUUACAGAUGAAAUAACAAAGGUGUAGAUCUAAACUCUGUAUACUAUAUUGUACUGUGUACACAAUGAUCUCAUGUAACCUCCUUGAUUUAGUUCAGUAAACUAUAAAGCAGUUUAAUCAUGUAAAUAGCGUCACAUGAAACAGGCAACAACUUUGUAGCCCUUCCAGUUAAACUAUUUAUGGCACUGCCCAGUCUGAAUGUCCUGGAAACUUUCAGAAUGUUCAGACAAAGAUCAACAUGAAUAAAGUUUGUGAUG